UCUCUCUCUCUCUCUCUCUCUCUCUCACAAACACUGAAACACACACACACACACACGGGCGCUGUUCGAGGCUCUUCCGAUAGAGGAGCGCGGCGAAACCCUAGAUCGGGAGAUGCGUGUUUCGGUGAUUUGGCCGUAAUCGUUGUAGGGAUACUUCGAAGUGUUCUCGGAGUGGAUUUGAUCGAGGUCGAACUACGGGCAACUGGACAGGAUGUCGUCGCCAUACCCUGUGCUCAACAACAAGCCAAUCGAUCAAUGGAAGGUUACCGAGUUAAAGGAGGAGCUGAGGAGAAGGAAAUUGCCAAUAAAGGGCUUGAAAGAUGAUCUGAUCAGGCGGCUGGAUGAAGCGCUUCGUAUCGAGGCAGCACCAACAGAAGAAGAAGAAGAAGAAGAAAUGGAUAAUGGGGUUAACCUUAAUUCAGAUCCCCAGGAUUAUGUUGAGAAGGAAGAAGCACAGCUGGUGGUGAAAGAUCAUACAGAGGUUGUUCCUGAUAAAGUUGUUGAAAUAGAUGGAGGUGCAAAAACAGAUGGCACUGUUGAGAGCACGUCAGAAGUCAAGGAAGAAAUCAAAUUUGAAGAUGCAAAUACGGUGCCUCCUACGGAACCGGACGCAACAGCCGAGAUCACUUCAGAAGUCAAGGAAGAAAUCAAAUUUGAAGAUGCAAAUAUGGUGCCUCCUACAGAACCGGACUUAGCAGCCGAGAGCACUUCAGAAGUCAAGGAAGAAAUCAAAUUUGAAGAUGCCAAUAUGGUGUCUCCUACAGAACCGGAUGCAGCAGCCGAGAGUACCCCAGAAGUCAAAGAAAUCAAAUUUGAAGAUCCAAAUUUAGCGCCUGCUACAGAACCAGCAAUAGAGAGCAGUUCAGAUGUCAAAGGAGAAAUCAAAUUUGAAGAUAGUUAUACCAGGCCUUAUACAGAACCAGAUGCGUCAGUUGCGGAAAAAGCAGUUGAGGAAAUGGAGGUUGAGUCAAAUAUCUUGCAAGAAACUACAACUAAUAUUGCAACCGACAAUUAUGAUUCUGCUGGCCAGGGUUCAAACUUUGAUGACGAGCGCGAGCAUACUGAUCCCGCCAAUGAGGAUAGCAAGCCCAUCGCCACUGAACCAAACAAUCAGGUAUCUGAGGUUAGCCCAGACUUAGGGUCUAUAGUAAAGUGUGAGUCAAUUUCUACUGAAUCUAUGUCAAUUACUGAAAAGAAUAAUAAUCUUAAGGGUAAUUUGAAUGCUGAUAACUUUGAUUUAGAGCUAGAUGUUGUUAAGCCGGAGAUGGUGCAACAGCCAUCGUCCAGCAUUCCUCCUCCCUUAGAUGGCGAUUUACAUCCAAAGGAUGGUGGUGAUGACAAAGAGCCUGUUAAGGAACAGGCCUCUUUGGAAGAAAUAGAUUACAAAUGUACUGCUACCACUAAUGUGGAGUCUAGCAAGAAAGAUGAUAGUGCUGAUGGAGGUUCUCCAGAGAAAUUAAACCUAGACAGGAGCUCAAGUGAGGAGUCAAUGGAGGAGGAUGUGACCGAAAAUAAGAAUGUCAUCGAGUCCAAUAUUAAGUGUAUGGAAGAAAAGAGAGAGGAGCAUGAUGUGAAGGAUGAGGUCCUGCCUGAUGCUGGCAUCAGCAGGCCAUCGUCUGUCAAGAAUGAUGUUGUUGAAGAGAGGAAACCUAGAGUGGAAGCUUCUAUCGAAAAGAGGAAACUUGAAGAAGGUGCUGGGACUAAUGAGACUGUCAAGCGGCAGCGAAGAUGGAACUCUGACAAUGUCAAAGUUUCAGAGGGAAAGGCACCUAAUCUCAGUGUUUCUAAUGCACUUGAUGAGGCAUCUAUACCUACCAUCAAACGCACUUUUACCAGAUCUGACUCUGCAAUCAGUGAGGAUUCACCAAAGGAGCGCAUUGUACCGCCAUCUCUGAAGCCUCCUACAACUUCCCUGAGAAUCGAUCGUUUUGUGCGCCCCUUUACUUUGAGAGCAGUGCAGGAGCUGCUAGCAAAAACUGGAUCUGUUUGUAGUUUCUGGAUGGAUCAUAUCAAGACCCACUGCUAUGUGACAUACUCAUCAGCGGAGGAAGCAAUAGCCACUCGUAACGCUGUGUACAAUCUUCAGUGGCCCCCCAACGGCGGAAACCAUCUGAUAGCUGAGUUUGUGGACCCGCAGGAUGUAAAGCUUCGGGUGGAAGCCCCUCCGCAAUCUCCAGCACCCAUAACUCCCACCCAAACAACACCAAGAGCCGCUCCCUUUCAACAAGCCCAAGCCAGUAACCAAACUUUUCCUUCCCGAACUACCCCCAGGCAGCAGCAGCAACAGCAGCAGCUACCUCCGCCUCCCAUUCCUGCGCCGCCACCUCUUUCUGACCCGCCUUUCCCUAGAGAAAGACUCCCACCUCCUCCCCCUAUGAAAAAGCCCGAACCUCCUGUGCUGACUCUUGAUGAUCUGUUUAAGAAGACGAAGGCUGCGCCAAGGAUUUACUACUUACCUUUGUCGGAAGAGCAGGUGGCGGCUAAACUAGCUGCUCAAGGGAGAGGCGCUAAGGAGUAAUCUACCCUUCCUUCUUUCAGUCUGUCGUCAAAAUAGUUCGUCCGUGGGGUCUUUGAGGCAGCAGUUUUCCGACGGGAGAUUGUUUGAUUUCUCUUCUCAUGUGACUUUCGGUUCCAAAUGCAUCCGUGGUUUUGGAGCCACGUAUUGUGGUCAAUGGUUGAAUUGUAUGUGGACAAUAUAAUGCAGGAGCUUGUUAGGUUUUUAGCUAAGCAUGAACAAAAGUUAAAACUUGUAUUCUCCAUAUUCAAGUUUGAAAGUUCAAAAAGCUUCUUUACAAAUUC